CGUGUGUCCUGUUGGUGGUGUUGGUGGUUAAAAAGCAAAUUGGGACUUCCUCUUUUAACAGUUGUCUUUGCCUCUCACACAAGGGAGAUCUCAUUUUGUAUGAGACUGGAUACAGCUGAAACCAAGCUAUGUCCCGAAGAGAGGAUAUGAUGGCUAAGAAGCCCCCUAAACCAGCCCCUCGCAGGAUCUUCCAGGAAAGGUUGAAGCUUACCGCUCUACCCUUGUACUUUGAAGGUUUUUUAUUAGUCAAGAGGCCAGAAUACCAGGAGUUUAAACAUUAUUGGACAGAGUUGAGAGGAACUACACUUUUCUUUUAUACCGACAAAAAAAGUACAAUAUAUAUUGACAAAUUAGACAUAAUAGAUCUUACUUGCCUUAGUGAUCAGAAUUCAACUGAAAAGAAUUGUGCAAAAUUCACCCUUGUUUUGCCAAAAGAGGAAGUGCAACUGAAGACAGAGAACACAGAAAGUGGGGAAGAAUGGAGAGGCUUCAUUCUUACGGUAACAGAGCUGUCAGUUCCCCAACAUGUGUCACUCCUACCUGGGCAAGUAAUUAGACUGCAUGAAGUCCUAGAGAGAGAAAAGAAAAGGAGGAUUGAGACAGAGCGACUACCUAGUACAUCUGUUGAAAAAGAGAAGGAAACAACUGAAGAUUAUGUGGAUCUACUGAACCCUAUGCCAGCGUGUUUCUAUACAGUGUCCCGGAAAGAAGCAACUGAGAUGCUUGAGGAGAAACCUUCAUGGGGAAAUAUGAUCCUGAGGCCUGGUAGUGACAGUAGAAACUACUCCAUCACUAUCCGGCAGGAGACAGAAAUCAAGCACUACAAAGUGACGAGCAUAGGAAAAAACUACACUAUCGAACUGGAAAAACCUGUGACACUCCCAAACCUUUUCAGUGUCAUUGAUUAUUUUGUGAAGGAGACUCGAGGGAGUUUAAGGCCAUUUAUAUAUUCAACCGACGACAAAGUUGGCCAAAAACCCAAGAGAGAAGAAAGAAGAGAGAGGCUGAAGAAAAAUCCGCAUAAUGCAUGAAAUGAAAUAGCUACCUUUAUGUGUCUUGGUAAUUUAUAUUUUCAAAAGGAAGAGCUCACUUUUAAAGAAAAUUACUUGUAUUCUCCUGAUCCUGAUUUCCAAGUCACUCACCUGGACACCAGAAUUAAACACUGUAUCAUAUAAUUUCAUGGUUUUAGCAGAAUGGAAAUUCACUGGAAAACCAUAGAGUAUGGUAAUUGGUAGAUGUACAUAUUCUCAUGCACAUAUAUAAGUUGAAAACCUAUGGUCCUUUAUAAAUGUAGUUUUUAUUUCCUGGGCUUCAAUUAAAUACACUUCCUCUAUGCAAAUUCUAAUUUUCUAGAUAGAAAUCAGAAACAUAUAAUAGGUGAAGACUUUUUCCAGUGGAAAUACUCUAUGCUACAUUUUUGUUAUUGAAAACGAACUUUGCAAACAUUUGAUUUCUUUGUAUGUCCCUGAUGUUGUCUUUUUGCUAGCUCAGUAUCAACCCAUAUCUCUCUUUUGUAAAAACAUUAAUCUACAAGGAUGGCAAAAGGCUGCAUAAUAUAACUACUUAUUUCACAAGUAAAGCACAGUUUGAGCAUGCUAGAGCUCCUUAAAAAUACGAUUGCUCACCCCCAAACUAGAUCUGAAUCAAAAUCUCAGGAAUAUUUUUCAUUCACACACACACACACACACACACACACACACAUAGUUGUUAGUUGCCGUCCAGUCAGUUAUGACUCACAGGGAUCCUAUGUAUAGAACGAAACAACUGCUUGGUCCUGUGCCAUCCUCAGAAUCAUUGCUAUGUUUGAGCCGAUUGUCACAGCCACUGUGUUAAUCCACUUAUCCAGGGUCUUCCUCUUUUUUUUCCUGAGCCUCUACC